AGUCUCAAUUUCAGUUCGAUCGAGUGAAGAUUCAUCGUACGUACUUGAAUGACGAAUAUUUAUAUAUCGUAUUUCGUUAAAUUAUUUCACUUUGUGUCUGUUUACUGUCUGUUAUUGUAAGCGAUUUUAUUUUUUUUUUACGUUAUUCGAAUAGUGAGUGAAUAGAAAUACAUAAAGAUUUUUAUCAGCUGCGACUGUGAGUGACAAGAACCAGCGUCUAAGACGUAUAUAAAAUACUCGUUGAGAUAAAACGCGCGUGUGACAAAAUGAGUGUUCAAAAAUCAACGAUUGUCUGGUCAUUUGUGCUAAUCAUAUUAACAAGUAGCAGUAUUGAAGCAGCAAAGGCGACACGUCGUGAUGGAACUAAAUCAAAAUCUCCAAAUGCCGAUCAUUAUGCAUUAAGCUAUGGCGGUUCGCAUGGACAUCGAAAUACUCCACAUCAAGCCGUAACACAUAAGCCUGUACAACAUCAACCAGUGCAACAACAACAUCAAGCACAUCAACAGCAUUCACCAAGCGCUCCGGCCAUACCAAACAAUAACAAUAAGCCAAUCGGUUGGAAUGUACCUCAACACAAUACCGCUGAACAAUCGAAAACCGUAUCAAAUACACAUUCAGCAUUACCAUAUCCAAAUAAUCCACCAGCGUAUACUCCACAUGCUGCCCAUCCACCAGCCGGACCACCACCACCGUACUCACAAAAUCCAAAUACAGGUUUUCAAUCGAAUGUGCCAGCCGGACCGCCACCACCAUACUCGCAAAAUCCAAACACCGGAUUCCAUUCAGUUGGUCCAGUAGGUCAACCACCAGCUUAUCAACCAAAUGCCGCAUAUCCAAUGCAUAAUACAGCUGGUGCAAAUUAUCCACAACAACAAUAUAAUCCAGGCCAAGGUGGUUAUCCAGGUGCACCAAUUCCGAAUAAUCAGCCAGCUCCUGUUAUUAAUAAUUUCUAUGGACAACCUCAAACCGGCGUUGGUGGCGGUGGUGGCUCUGGCGGUAGUUUCUUGCAAACAUUGGGCGGUGCGGCGGCAGGUUCCUUGGCUGGAUCUCUUGCCGGAAAUGCAUUGUACGGAGCAUUAAAACCGGAUAGUGAACAUAAAACAGUUAUCAUUCAUGAGAAUGCCGCAUCAUCAAAUGUACCAGCCUCAGCACCAGCUCCAGCAGCUCCAGUUGGUGAAACUACAACAGCCGCUGUACCUGUACCUGUAUCUGGAAAUCAACCAACUGUUCAACAGCCCGCCGAUCCACAAACAACAAUGCAACAACCACCACAAACUGAAGUACGAUCGGCAGUGAGUAGCGACACCACCAUGCCAUUGGCAACAAAUGUACCGCUAGCACCCCAACCAGAAACAACGAAUCAAGCUAGUGUACCAUUAGCCCCAUUACCAGAAAGUACGAAUGUUGCACCAACAACAACCGUUGCAGAAACAAGCAUAGUGCCCAAUCAAACUGUAUCUUCAUCACCGGCCAAUGUUCCAUUGGCACCAUUCCCACCAGCCACUGAUCCAUCGGCGCAUGCCCAAAAAGGAAGUGCCACAACAUUUGCUAUAUUUAAUAUUUCGGUGUAUACAAUAAUUUCGUUAAUUGUUUACAUGUUCUAAAUGCAAGUGAGUGAGAGAAAAAAACACAUCACGAUCAACAACAAGAAAAAAAAUCGAAAUCGAAACUAAUUUUGCAGCAUAUCAUCGUCAUUAUCACAAAUAAGGGAGUUUUUAUUUAUAUUCUCUCGAUUCUACAAUUUAAACGUAUACUUUUUUCAUUCUAAAACAUUGAUUGCCAUGUUUACGUUUAUUAAAUUGUUUUUAACACUAAGAAAUCAGAAUUAAUAAUUCAAGGCCAAAUCAAUGCGAUUUGCUGGAGACAUUUAAUUAACGCCUUUUUUUGAAUUGUCAUGUGUUUUAUCUCAUUUCAAUUUAACACCGUCUUUUUUUCGCCUGAUUUUUUAUAAAUCUCGAUGUGAAUGCUAAUUUAUCGUUUUUAUAAUGUCAUAUUUAAUAAUGUUUUCAAAGGAAACUUUUCGGAGAAUCGUAAAGGCAGAAAUUGUUUCGAAGGCACAUUUCUAAUUCAUUUUGAUUGAGAAAACACAAAUAACAUCAACCAUCCAAAAUAACAAUCAAAUGGUUUAAAUAAAAAAAGGACCGCAGAGGCGGUGCCGUAUAAUUGAAUUCAGUCAAAUUUUAACUUAUUGACAAAAAAAAAAAAACAUUCGAGAUGAAUCGUAUCUGUUGAUCAUGACUAACUAUGCUGAGAAUCGACUGAAGCAUAUGACAUCAUUCGGCAACGAAAAAAGAUAAAUACGUGUUUUUUUUCUCUAUUAUUUUCUUUCAUCUCUUCACCGAAAAUUAUAGUUGCGAAUUAAACGAAACGGUUGUGAAACAUGAAUUAGGUAGUGUUAAUUGAUAAACAAAAAAAAAUUUAUUAUAUAUUUUAACGCAAGUAAUAUGUAUGAUGUAUAUGUAGAUGUUUUUAGUUCAAUCCUCUUUUACGUGUCCCCGUAGAACAAAAGAGAAUGCUAUUUAUUGCGCCGUAAUUUUGCCGUUUACUUGAUUCAAUUGACGUAUGUAUACAAUGUUUUUGUUUGUUGCCUUUCGUUUUCUCUAGUUCAAUCAAUAUAUUGUGAUAUAGCCGAUCUGUUGAGAUUGGAUUUCACAGAACGGUCACCAGCCACCUGAUGAUAUAUAUCAAUACACACAUCAUUUCAAACUAUAUUUAUGUUUAUCCCAAUGUUUUAUCACACUUAUUAUUCAUCUACAAAACAAUGAAAACAAUGCAUAUUCUUUGUAGAGAAUAAAAAAUGUUUGAUAAAGAUUUGAGAUUAAAUUUCCACUACAACUCAAUAGCACGAGUAAAUUAAUAUGAAUAAAAAGAACAUAAAUACAUUUGGAAACCAA